GCCACUAACUUGGUGAUGAUUUUGCUUUUUAGGUGCAACAAAUUAAAGAUUUGAGAUAGUUGACUGCAUUUUAUCAAACAUUUAAAGGGGAAUCCAGCCUUGGCCAUUGAAUGAUGUGUUGGGAAGGAGUAAAAUAAAUUAAACAGAAUGGUGAAAGUUUGAAAGAAAUCGGACAAGCAAUAAGAAAGUUAUAGCUGCUUUAAAAUUGAGAUCACUAAUACUAUGUAGAUUUCAAAUUGGCAAAUGGGAUGAAGUCGAUAUUCAACCAGAACCUCUUCAAGAGACCAAACAGAAGAUGCACGCUCUAAUAGACGAAGCCUUCUCAUUGGUCGGCAAGGGAAGUCCAUCUAAAAACGCUGUUGUUCCGUUGAGCGGAGGCCUCUCAAAUAGUCAGAAUCAUAGCAGUAGGGAAGAAGGAAAGAAAACUCCAAGAGAUGGCCAGCAAGAGGUACCAAGGCAGUUGUUUGCGCCAGUCAUACCACCCAUACCAAGGAGAAAACCUAAAGACACAUUGAUUGAUGGGGGUACACAGACGUCGUCAGAGAUGGGCCAGACAACCCGUGUGGUUGUUGUGCCUGUCAGUAAACCACCACAAGAGGGCAGCAGUGUGAUUUGGAACCCCUACAUAGCAGGAGACGAGACAGCCAGGUUAUCCCCGUCUCUAGAACCAGCAUCUCUUCCUGGUGGUCUGAACUCAUCCCCAAUCCCUAGCCCCAGAGGUGUAUCAUCCACUCACCAGCAGAGUCAUAUGUCCUCCAGGGAGCGGAGACCCGACGGAGACAGUCUCCGGGGAACCAAACAGGGCGUUGUCGAACGCUAUGCAGACAUGCUCCAAGAGAUGCUGACAAGCCAGCUCCCGCUUCCCCCGGAAGAAGGGGACGGCAUUCCUUCCAAGAGCUCCCACAAGCGUGGCGUUACGCUCCUCGAAGGGGAACCGGACUACGACUGGUCCUUCGACCGCAGCAUCAACGGCUCGCAGAGGUCGGGGUCAAAAACGCGGUCACCGCUCCCCAACAGAACAAAAUCAAACGAAACCGAAAAGGGCUCGGCGUCCACGUCCGUUGAUGAGAAGUUGCCCUCACUAAGCAAGAAAGAGAAGGGGGUUGGGAAGGCGGUGGAUAAGUUUUACGACGAGCUGGACGUGUCUACGAAUCUGAAAUACCCGACGGGACAGUGUUCGCCUCAGGUUGCAAAUGCGGUGAGGGAAGAACUGAUCAGAUUGACAAGAAGGAUGGGCGAUGGAGAGGAGAGUGGAUUGGUUUGAAUUUCAUUCUCUUCCAGAGUUUUAAUGUUUGUAUGGUUUAUUUUCAAUUUGUCAAAUGCCAAUUUGUCCAAUUGCCAACUCGUCUUCUAUCAUUUGGUCUACCAUCAGUUCGUCCACUCACCACAUGGUCUACUUUCAUUUAGUCUAAUGCCAUUCUGUCUAAUAACCAGUUGCUCCAAUAGCCAUUUAGUCCAUAAACCAUUUUGUCUAAUUGGACUAAGUGUUAAAUGGUACAAAAUGAAUGAAAAAUGAAAUAGAUAUUAGACUAACUGGUUAUGAGACGGAAUGGUCUUAGACGAAAUGGUGAUUAGACAAAGUGAUGAUUGGACCAAAUGGUUGUUAGAUGAAAUGUUGAUGGACGGAAUGGCAUUUAGACUAAAUGGAAGUAGACCAUGUGUUGAGUGGACGAAUUGGCAAUUUACCGUUUGUAUUAUGAUAUUGUACGACACUAUCUCACAAAGGAGCGUGAUUGCUACGGUCCAUCCCAGGGCCCGGUUGCCUUAAAAUCACUGCUAUACUAAUUGUGCCAUCCAAUGGUAGCUACCAUGGUAACGCUGAUCAACAGCCAAUCAAAAUCAAAGAUUCCAUGCAAGUUACCAUUGCAUGGCAAAGGUACCAUAAUGGUAACUUUUCCGCAACGGGGCCUAGGUAUGGAAAACUAGCGACACAGCAUUUUCAUUGCAUAUCUGGUGCUGUUACCAAAUGAUAACAUUUUGUGAACAAGCUCUUAUUUAUAUGUAGAUCCUGUGGUCUGUUCAGAAGAACUAUUUUUUGAGAAAUUUGAUCGUGAAUGUUAGGGCAUUAUUUGAGUUAAGUUGAAAUAACGCAAGUCAGACCAAAAUAUUUAAAUGAUUACUAAAUGUUCCUUAGGCAUAGGCUGAUAGGCAGAUUUUGCUGCACGUGGACUGUGAAUGAAAAUAAACAACCAUCACUAAAUUUCCUGGAAUUUUUUACAUUUCCCAAAAAGUCUCUGGAAUAUGGUCUAGCUUUCCAGAACUUUGGAAAUACUGAUGUGGGAGAAAUUUGAUUUUUGAAUUGCAAGUUCCUGUGUGACAUAGCCUUAUAAAUUACUUGAGUUAUGCCACGAUUGAGUUACUUUGAAAUAAUGCUUUAAAAAAAUGAUAUUCUGAUGAAAAUUUAAAUCUUAUUUAAGCUUAGGCAGAAUUUGAUACAAAUAUUCUUUGAAUGAAAGUAAAAAUCAUCAAGAAAAAAAUUACUCUGGCAACAAUAUUCACUGAAUAGUACAUUGUCAGUGGACUGUACGUUGUCACACACUACUGUGACAUUGCAAGAGACAUGUACAUGUAUUUUGUUGGCCACCAUGCAGACAACACCCUGAUUGAAUAUAGCUUGCCUUUCCAACAUUUGCUAAUUCCUGUGAAAAUGGGAAGCUGUCGGAACGUUGAGUUAGGGUGGUCUUUUUCAGGAGCAAACAUAUGCCCACAUAUGCCUCAAAAGAAGACAUGGGGUACAGCAAAGCCUCCAAGUUGAAGAAGUUGCAAUGUUUGUUUGAAAGCAAGAUGACUUCAAAUGAACCAUUUACCAUUAUUUAUAUCCUAUGUUUCUCUGUAGAGAGAAAGACAUUGAACAUUCCAUUGCAAUAAGAUGAAAUUUAGGUGCAAUGCUUUGAAAUAUUGUUAAUGCAAAUACACCAUUAACCUUGUCACUAUUCCUUCGCUGUUUUCUGAUAUUUCGUAAUCCAACAAAAUGAAGAAAUUAUGUAUUUAUGGAACAUGGCCGUACACAGCAGGGGGAGGGGGGGUGGGAGGCAGUUGCCCUUCCAGAAAUUGUGAAAGUUUCCAUUUUUUUACUGAGAAUUUUCAAUAAAUUUAACAAUAAUAGUAGGCAUGGAAUCUUUCAAUUUCAAUUUUACAAAAUGCAAAAGCGCCCCAACGACAGGCUUGGUUGCAUCGCACCCUCGAUUUAGAAUUUUUUUGGGGAAAAUGUUUAUGCUUGAUGUCCCCCCUAGCAAAAAAAAAUUAUGCGUAUGGCCGUGUUAAUUAUCGAACGUACAUUGAUAUGCAUGUACUGAAAAGAAAAUGCAAGUAAUAUAUUUCAUCUUUGUAAGAAAGAAUGCUGAGAAACUUAUUUUAGCGUCCCAGAAUCCAUCCAUUUUUCUUUCUUGCCUUUUUCACCAAACUUUACUGAAAUUGCAUAUAUUGUAUUGCACCAAAGCAGAAAUCAUCUAUUAAAAUAUAUGAAGUAUUUAUAUUACUAUGAAAUAUUGUGCUUUUAGGGAAAAAAAAGAUGUGGAUGAUUUUACCAUGUGGGAUGUUCACCAUGAUGAUAAGAUGGUUUUAAUAAAUCUGAAAAUUUUGUAGAAAAAUGUUGAUGAAAGUUUGAUGAAAAUCUGUUUAAGAAAGGAGUUAUGAAGUCUAAAGUUUUUAUUCUGUGACAUCACAGAGGAGCAGCUCCUACACAUGUCAUGUGAUUAAAAAAAAAAUUAAAAUGUAAUUUUCC